AUGACUGCCGCACGCAAGACCAUCGUGGCUUUGGAGGGCGGAACAUUGUGGCAAGAAGCCGUCACGGCGGUGAUCAACUUGGUCGCUGACAGCCGCUUGAACGUCGACUGCCGUGCGCAGCUGGUGUUCGGCAUCGGCCAAGUGCUUUCGGUGCUGAAUGACUGGAACGACCUGGAGCAUGCACUCAGUAUGUUCGUCUCCCGCAUGGAAGG